AGGCCAAGAGAGCCGUAAACAAUCAUCAAUAAGUUUAUAAGUUCAUCGCCUACUUGCGGUCGUUGUCCGAUAUUUAUACAUUUAUACACAUACACAUUCGCUAGUUGAUUAAAUGUGUAUAAGAACGAUACAAAGCAAUAACAACUUGUCAUAACUUAAAAUGUAUUCUAUUAUUGUCGACUGAUGAGCUAAAGGUGUUGAGAAACAUUGUAUUACAUUGUGUGGACUUAUGUAUGGUUGUAGAUAUCACUGAGUGAUGCAUUUCUCUAAUUCUGAUGUUAAUAUGGACUUAAAUGACCAGUCUAGAGGUUCCACAUACAGCAGUCCAUUGUCCCAGUUUCUCCGCCAUUCACGAGAGGUCGUGGAGGAUAUGGAACAGCCCCUCGACUUAAGUCAACGAGAAUCUGCAAUGGAAAAAAAAGUUUUAAAUAUAGACAUGGAAGAGCCAAUCUGCCAAUACACAAACUGUUCUUGUCCUCUUAAACAUAUAUUGUCAUUGGAUUCAAAUGACGCCCAGAAUAACGCAGGUUUCAGGCCUCGUUGUGAAACGGUUAGCUCGGGUGAAUAUCCACGUGGUCAGUUUCAGAAGCGAUUACAAGAACAAAGUGACAGUGUUCAAGACCAUUUUCAUCCUAAACGGAGAAAGAUAGAACAAUAUAAACAGAAUAUAUCGCGGUCGUCGUCUGACACAAAUCUCUAUGGUUACGGUGGACCAACUGACCCUUUUAGGUCUUUCACAAACUAUUCCGGUGAAGAUAUGAGUCAAAGAAAAUCACCCGAACAUAAAUAUCAGCCAUAUUGGAAAUCUAGUCAAACUUACACAGCCACAAAUACAUAUCCAUCUAGUGAUUCUAUAGAUUCUACUCCUGGUUCAGACGUGAAAGUUAUACCCAAACACGCUGAACGACUUCCAAAGAAGAGAUCUCACGCUCGAAAUCUGUCCUAUGAUAACUCAUUUCUUCUGCAUUCAGGUCAUGAUAUUAAAUCGUCUCGUACACCAAGUCCUCAAUCGAUGUCUAAUGAUGCGGAAAUGUCUCAGGGAGCAGUCAUAGAAGAUGUCAAACCUCCAAUGGAUCAUAUCAUUUUACCGGAACUUAAUUCCGGUCCAAAAGUCCACGGAGAAGAGCUUCGAGCGUCUAUAUUAAAGGAAUUACGUGCCGAGAAAGACGACGAAGAUGUCGAUGAAUUUAGGAAGAGAUUUUUUGGAUCUCUAUUCUCGCGUGCCAAAUCGUCAACAAACAAAGGUAAAUCGAGUGCUUUGGAUAUAUUGAUAUCGGAUAAAUGUAAAGACGAUAUGGACUUCAGACCUAGAAACUCUCACAUCGACCAAAUACUUCGUGGUGAAAAACAAGGAAAACUAUGUCUGAUGGAUAUAGUGGAACUUCAGGUUGAAAUUGGACUAGCAUGAUUACGGUGCUCAUAUAAGAUUUAAUAUAUUGUCAGUGUUAAAUGUCCGUAUGAUAGUUAUAGACAUAUAUUAGACACUAAUUAAUGUUUGUGUUCGAAAACUUCUUCCAGUAUUCAGCAUUAUGUGUACUAAGAAAGAUAACCCCGAUUUGUUUUGUAUUUUGAACGUUAUUAAUGCUGAAGAAAUGGCAAUAGAAACUAUAGUUGACAAAACUUUAAUAAAUCUAAAAAGUAAUAAACCCAUAGGUGAAAGGUAUAAAUACAAUUUGUCGAAAUUGAAGCUAAAUUUAACAUAUCCAUUCUAUAUUUAGUGACAAAAAACAUUUUCUUUAAAAUUCAUGAAACUCUAAAGCCUAAUAUGAACAUUUAUAUAUUAUACCCACCAAUAUUUUGUGAGUUCUUCAAGGAACAUGAUUACUAACUUUGUAAAGCCUUACCUGGUAAUGAAACAUUACAUUGGUUUAUAUGUCGACAAGCUAUUUUGUAAUAGGUUAAAAUCUUUUCCCGGGCAUUAAUUAAUGACCCAGAACACUGCAAUACUGUGGUCCGUCAUUCUAGUCGGAGUAUUUGAAAUAUUUAUAUUAUAAGUGUUUGUGUAUGAAUGUAUAAAAAAAAUUUAAAUGAAAGUUGAGUGUGAAUUUUAAUUACUGUUAUUUAUUCAUUGAUGUGAAAAUAUUCAUGAAUUUCAUAUUUCAGAGUGCCUGUCUUGCAUUCGAUAAAAAUAAUUUUGAAUUCAUAAAGAUAUUUGGAUACUUAGAGAAAAUUGAUUCUUGUAGCUUGUUUAUUGUGUAAAAGUAAAAACUUCAAUUUUGACCUUGAAUGUCUCAAUAGAGGGUAUAUAGUCCUUAAAGAUUUUGAAAGGGUGUACAGAAUAACUAUAAACACCUUGAUGUUUUCAACUUAUAGAUUAGACUAAAAUAACUGUUUUGUGAUAUCUAGUAACUGUGAUACAUGUUUAAAAUAUAAAGAAUUGCAUGCUAAAAUGUAUAUGAAAACUAUAUUUAUUCUGGAGCAUUCUCUUCGUCAAUGCACCAAACAACAAGGUCAUGAAGGUCAAUUACGCAAAAGAGAAAUCCCGCGUCAUAGGACUAUUUUUUUUGAAAACCAAAGAUUAACAUAAGUUGAGAAUUUUUACAAAAAGACACAACAGGUAAAUUGGCUUUGCAAUACACAACGUAAAUGUGAUAAAGUUGUUCUUGUGUGUCUGGAGGGAGGUAGUAUGACGGAGUUUGAUUAUGCUUUAAAGCUCAUGUGAUGACAAUAUCACCCUAGAUAGAUGUAAGGGGUGAGAAACAUUCCCGGUAAAUUCUAUUUGUCAAGAUAAUCAAAUUAAGCCAACUAUUGAUACAGUACACAAGCACUGUAGAACCACGUGCAUAUGAGAUGCAUUAUUAGUUAUAUUAAAUUAAAUUCAGGUAGAAUGUAAGAAUAGAUUGCCACGUUAUCAUGGUUAGGGAGGGUGAUUAGAUUCAGAUUCUUUAUUUCUUAUAAAACCAAGUUAAUGGUACAAAGAAAGACAUUUUUACAUAUAAUUUUCACAAAGAUUCUGGGUUUGAUCAGAAAAUAGGUUUCAUUUUUGUUUAAUGAGGGUCGAACUGUUUAGUGAUAGCAAUGGAGAUCUGACGAUGUUGUUACAAGUGGAUCUAGUAUUUUAGAGAUAUUUGUCUCUUUUAAAAAAUAACAGUAAUAACGUUAAAUAUUAAAAUAAAAAUACAUAUAGAAGUGGUUAUUACAUAUUGUUCGAAUCUAAUACAGAGCUUCAUAAGUUUUACAGCAUUUAAAACAAACUAUGAUCUUCGUCCUAAAAACAUCAGAUGUACUCCAUUUGUAUGUAGAAGUCAUGGUUAACUAACUAUUAUUUUGCAUCAUUCUGUUUUUUUAUUAUUAUUAACUCUGAUGAAUCGUUUAAAAUAUGUUUGAAUCUGUAUUUGUUCUGCAAAUUUUUGAAAUUCUUGUACGAAACAUAGUAAGCUGGAUAAGAGAAACUCAUUCGUCUAUACUGAUAUGUAUGAUUGUCAAGGGUUCCAAACCUUGUACGGUCAGUGUUUUUGUUCUGGAGAAACAAUUUAGUGACCAAUUUCUAAUGAAAUUGAAAAAAAAUAUUGUAGAACAUUUAUUUAACUGUAUGUGAUCAUUUUAAAUGAUAGUUAUAAAAAUAAAUCAAAUAUUAUGUAAUGUU